AUCAAUACUUGACGUAAACACUAAAUUCUAUUUAAAUAUUAUUUAAAAAAAAUGUUUCAGUUCCAUCUAAUAUUAUUACUACGAUAUAAAGUGUAAACCAGGAAGAAUGACCCUAUAUAGUAGAAUAGUAAUAAUAUGAAGACUAGUCUUCAUAAGUAAUAAUAAUAAUUUUGAUCUGAACAACUACUAUUGACAGCUAUUAUUUGACUUUCCUUCAGGAACAUGAUAUAAACGUCAUUCACAUAAAUAGUUUGCUCAUUUUUAACAUUCACAUAAUAAAUUGUAAAAUGGGCAAUCUGAUGUCUUGUGUUUCCCAUAAUUCCCCAUCUCAAGUCACCUUUGAUAUGACAAGACUAAGAAACAAAAAUUUGCCGAUCAUCUGGAUUACAGGACAACAAAAUACUGGCAAAAAGACAUUGGGUCAACUCAUUAAGGACAGAUACGAAUUCGAAUACAUUAAUAUUACUGAUUUGUUAAGAGAAGAGGCCAGUAAGGAAACUAAGAGGGCUCAAACUAUUAAUGAAGCUUUAAAAUCAAAGAAGAAAGUUAGCGAUAGUACAAUAAUAGAUCUUCUAAAAGAAACUCUUACCGAUUCAACAAACGACAAAGGAUUCGUGAUUGCGAAUUUUCCAAAAAAUCCGAAGCAAGCCGAACGGUUCAUCAAAGAAAUUUCCAAUGUCAAUUUUAUUUUUUACUUUUAUUCAGAAAUACCUUUGCUAAUAGAGAGAGCUCAAGAAAAAUCUGGAGUAGCAUUGGAUCCUGAGACCUUGCGUCGAGACAUUGCAGUUGCUACUAGAGAUCUAAAGUUAUGUCUAUCAAAAUUUACGUUAAAAAUUGAAAGUAUAAAUACAAGUGGUUUGCCAGAAGAAACUUUUGUUAAAGUCGAAAAUGCUUUGAUAAGACGAAUUAAUGUGACACCCAUCAAGACAGAGACGGAUUAUGUUCAACCACAGCACAGUAAAAUUAAACACGUACCGCCACCACCAUCACUAAAUUAUACGGACGAACACGGCAAUAAAGACAAAAAUUUGAUAAUUACAACAACGAAAGAAGAAACGAAAAGAGAAGGUAGUACGCUUAGCCUUAAGAAAGAGUCAAAACUGGAUAGACCAGUUGGUGUAAUAGGUGACCUAAAGAAACACUCUUCCUCUAAAGCCAUUGUUAAUCCUGUAGACAAAAAAGAAGAUUCAAAGACAAAUAAGAAGGCAGACAAAAUCAACGAAAAAGAAAAAGGUGGUAAAGAAAACAAGAAGAAGGGAAAAGAAAUUAUCAGAGACGAAGAAGAAAACGUAAAAUCCAGUGAACAGGAGCAGUCAGCGGACGAAGACGACAGUACAUCAUUAGAUUUUUAAACUGCAAUUAUCUGCUUCAAAAGCAUCAAUUCAUAAAAAACCCAAAUUUAAAAUAUUUCUUUUUCUGAAUAAAUCUUAUGAAAGACUUA